GAAUUAAGAGUAAAAUCUUCCCGAAGAUAGAAGUUUGGGAAUUUCCCAUUGACUCACAUUUCAGAAAAAGCUUGUACUUAAUCGUCAGAGCUCAGAGCGAGCCGCGGUGAGUUCAGGAGACACAAGGACAGGACACUUCGCUGAGAACCGAACCAGUGACCACCUGGCUUCCAGUGAGAACAGGCGGCCAUGAUGGAACCCAAACCUCGGAAGAGUUCAGGCAAACAAUUUACAUUAUAUUAUGAAAAUGAAGUCUGCAAACAAGAUUACUUUAUUAAAUCACCACCUCCUCAGCUUUUCUUCUCUGCAACCUCUUGGAAAAAGCGGCUUUUCAUCCUGUCAAAGAGUGGAGAAAAGGGCUUUAGUCUUUCCUAUUACAAAGACCAUCAUCACCGAGGUUCUAUUGAACUUGAUCAAAGUUCCAGUAUAGAAGUCGGCAUCAGUAACCAUGAAAAAAUGCAAUCCGUACAGAAGAUGUUUAACUGCCAUCAUGACGAAGUGAUGUCGAUCAGGGCCACUAACAGGGAAUACUUCCUCAUUGGCUAUGACAGGGAGAAGAUUAAAGACUGGGUCUCUUUCUUGUCAUCCCUCUGCCGGAGUAUAAAAGCAGCACGCCAGAAUACAGGGGAGAAACUCUCAUUUGGUGAUACAAGGCCCUCUUCAGACCCCAUCCCUCUCCGUGUUCUUUCCUACACACCGGAGGCUGUCAGCACGACCACAGCAAGAAAAAGUCUUCCAGACAUGCAUUUAAUGGAAAAAAGGUCUUCAGGACUCAGAGAAGCUCGUCUACCGCAUGCCUUCUUGCCAGAGACCGCUCAAGAUACAGAAGAAGAGAGUCAUUAUAGUAAUCCUCGAAGUAUUCUUAGAGAGUUGGAAAAUAAUACUGCUGCCAAUGAUUCUGGUGAACCCGUUGAACCCAUUGGACCUGGUAGUCCAGACCAGGUCUCCGAGGCAGUUGAGUGUCAUUACAUGUCCAUGAAAUCCUGUGUUUCCAAAGAGUCGUCCCAUAAGUCUGCUGAUGGCAAAGAGGAAUCCCAGACCCUGGCAGAUAUCCUGAACGGGGAGCUUCACCCACAAGAACAAGGCUCAGGAACGGGCUCUUGUCUUUCACCUGCCAAUACGGAAGCACAGAUCACGAAUGACAAAAAGGGGGCGGCCUCACUAAGUGUUGUGCAAUUGUCUAUACUAAUCAAUAACACCCCCGAUGAAAUCCAAGUGGAGAAGCUGAACAUGUUCCUUUCUCCUCCUGACAUCAUAAACCAUCUUGCUCUCAGAGAAGCUGCAGGACGGAUAUGUGUGGCUCAGUGGGAUGGCCCCCCGCACCUGGGAUGCUUAUUUUUUCACGGAGAUCACCUUUUGGCCGUGAAUGACCUGAAGCCCCAGAGCCUGGAGGAGGCUUCCUUGUUUCUCAGCCGGUCCAUCCAGAGGGAGAAAGUAAAACUCACCAUCGCUCGGAUCCCAAAUUCAGAGAAAUUCCACGGAAUAGCCUGUACAUGCCACUUACCAGACCAAGGUAUUAAACCUUCUAAACUGGAUACGUCUGUACUGGAGAGGACACUGGAGAGGAGUCUAGCCAUUAAAAAGGGUCAGCAGAAAGGAUCUGGAGAGUAACGUGCUGGGGCCCACGGCCGACAAGCGAGGAUGGGCCCCAGACUCUGUGCUGAGCUCUGCCCCUCACCGCUGUGUGAUAGCAGGCAGUCAACACAGCUCUCUGAGUUUCUCCAUCUGCAUCUUAACAAUGGGAAUAACCAUCCCAUCUCUGGCUAUUGCGUCAGGAUGUUGAGAGGCCCAAGUGGGAUGAUAACUAUGGAACACAGUGAAAAUGUAAGGCCUUAUUAUCUCAGACUUUGUCCCAAACACCACAGACUGAGAUUGGGUAAGUUUCUCAUCUAAAGUGUGCUGUGUGUUCGGUGAGGUCAUGGUCCACACAGUCUCUUCUUUGUUAGGGAAUGGACAGUUGGAAACACUCAUUUCGGGAAGCCAAGAUUCCCGAGAGAGAUGUGGUACCGUAUCAGCCUUCCCAGACACCUCCUGCUGUUCAUCACAUGCAGAAUGCUAAGACACAGUGACUUCUUGGAUUCAACGAUCAUCUUGUUUUCUUAAAGACCAAGGAACAAUUUCAGAAGUCCAAGCAAUUUUAAGGUUAUAUCCAGCAAAGUUUGCUUGCUCUACAAGUAAUAAGGGAACUGCUUAGCACUUCUAAGUUUGAAAGUUCUUAACUAAUUGAUGCAUUAACUCAUUGAUCCUAAAAGGCCAAAAGGUCAAGUCUUCUUUCAUAAAUAAGAAAACAAAUGCAGAGAACUAAAGGAUGAAUCAAAUGGGGGAAUGGUAGAGCAAAAGAGGCCUUCGGAAAAUAGAUCUUACUGUGUUGCCAUUUCACACGGGAAGAAAUCAAGGCCUCAGACAUUUAAUGAUAUAUUUUCUUCAUGGCUCCUGGUUUCAUAGCCAUUUAUGGCAGAACCAAGAAUCUAAAACCAGCUCUGAGAAACAGCUGUCCUGAUCUUCACUUUGUAUUUGGAUUUAGAUUUGAAAAGACCUUCAGCACACAGAUGAG